AUGAUGAGUUCUCAACAAGACUACAUGUCAUGGACUAACACAAGUAGUGCUUCCCUAUUGAGGAUGCGUCCAGAAAAUUUAUGGUACUAUUUACCGCAUGGACCGCGCUCGAUAAGGUUGUCCAACUAUAUGGUUCAUAUAUGGUGA